CUAAAUAAUAAGCAAAUGUGGGAUUUAAAAACCUGUCUCUUUGUGUGGGCGUGGCUGUGGGCGUGGCUGUGGGCGUGUUCUCAGAAUGCCCUGAAGUUUAACAACUGGAACUUCUUCACCGUGUUGGUGGACAGCGUGAGCAGUCAGGUUCUCUACAUGAAGACGGUCAUUGGCACUCAGCAGCUUGACAACAUCAUCAGAAUCCAACCACUAAGCCAGAGACAGAUGAACUUCACUGUGAAUGUGGAGAUCGGCGGGUCGCUGUCCUACGUAUAUGCUUUCUGCACCAUGGCCAGCAUUAAAGUUCAUAACAUUGUGGUGUUCACACAGUGAGUCUCUGUCACGCUUCAUAAUGUUACAAACAUAAAGCCUUUACAGUGACG